AUGGAAGAUUAAUCAAUUUACUAAAUUUUAAAGUAAAAUAAUGUGUAUUAUACUAUUUUUAAAGAAAUAGAUACUAUCGUAUUUGAUGUAAAAAAUUCUAGCUAAAAGCUUAUUAAUAAAAUUGUAAAAAGCUCUUGCUAGUAUGAGGAUACAUUUAUAAUAUUAGAUUUAGGUAUUAAUCACUCAAAAAAUGUAAUGAGGAGAAUUAUAAAAGUAUUAAAAAAUAUUGAUUUUUAAUCUCCUAAAGUUAUACUUCGCUUUAAACAGAAUAAUAUGAAAAGUAUCAAAAAUAUAUUAGACUAUAUCAAUAUAGUUCCUUCAUAGAAAGGACUUCAAGAAUUAAUCUUCUUUUAGCCUUAAAAUAAUGUAGAAAUUUAGAUAAAGAGUAUGGGUUUUAGCUUUCUAUCACAUGAUAAAUUAUUACUUUCGGUAAACGAAAUUGAAAUAGAAAUAAAUUAUAGAAUUAUUGAUAAUAAAUAAGAUUAAUAAACAUAAAGAUCAAGCAUUAUUAUUGAUGAAAAAACAAAAAUGAACCUUCUUUCAAACCUGGAAGAGGUUAUAAUCUAUAACCUACCACUAUACGGUUUAAGUAAAGAGAAUUUUACUUUUAUUAUUGAAAGUAUUGAUUAAAUUGUUGUAUCUUUUGAUAUUGAAGAAAUUGAAUUACCAAAAGUGUUUGUUGAUAAUUUGGUAGAGUUUCUUAAUACUAAGACAAAUAUAUUUAUAAACAUGUUUGCAUUUUCUUUUAGACAAAAAUUAGAAAUCGAUGAUUUAUUUGAUAAUUUAAUUUAGAUUUGUGACACUUCUUAAAAAAUUUCUCAUUUGAAGUUUUAAAUUUUUUAAGAAGAACUAGUUUAUGUUCCGAAAUUUAAUUCAAUAACUGUAAAUAUUUCUGAUUUACUGUGUGAUAAAGGAUCAUUUUAUCCUCUUUUUAAGAUACAAAAUAAAAUAGAUAUCCUAAAGAUUUAUUUUAAGAUUUAAAAAAGCUACUUUAUUGACUUAUGUGAAUUUAUUCAAAGGUGUAGAUAGUUAAUAUUUAUAAAAUAAAUUGAGGUAGAAGUAAUUUAUUCUGAAAUCUGGAAAAAUUUCCAAAUUUCAAUUGGAGAUAUUUUUGAUUUGCUCUCAAAAUUAAAGAACCUACAUUACUACAGUAUCUAAAUUUAAAAGAAACACAGUUUUCAUCCUCAAUUUGCAUUAAUUUACAAUAAGCAAUAAGAGACGUAUAUUAUUUAGUAAAUUGAAGAUCUAUUAGAUUUAGUUCCUUAAAUUGCUUUUAAUAAAACAGCAACAAACUUAAAAAUUUAAUACACUGAUAAUUUAGUUAGUGUUUAGCAAUUUCAUAAAAAUUUGAUUUAAUUGAUAAAAAGCUCAAACUUAAAAAGAAUUAUCACCCUCUCAUUUAAUAAACUUUGCAGAAAUCAUAACUCUCUUGUCUAAUCUAAUGACUUGAUAUAAAAUUUUUAAUUUGUUAGUUUAAUAUUUGAAAACACAAACUCACUUUCUAUAUUUUAAAUUAACAAGGAUGAUGCCUUGAAAGUAAGAGAAAUUUAAAUAUUUAACCAAAACUGGCUUCUUAACUAGAAUUUGAAUAUCUCAAUUAUUAUAAAUAAAUUUCCAAAUAUAAUCAAGGUAAAUUUAAAUAAUAGAAGUGAAUAAAAUAAUCCAAUAAAUUAAAAAAAUAUAAAAUCUAUCUAAAAAUAUAUAAAUGUUAAAAGAUCUCUAUUUUUAAUAGCUAAAAAACUUUAAUUAAAAAGGAAAGAAAUGCUUAGUGAUCUAAUUUUGGAGUUUUUAUCUUGA